GCUCCUCCUGCAGGAGGCGCUGCAGAGUGUGAAGAUGGCCAAAGCCGUGGCUUCCUAUGACCAGCUGGCCCACCAGGUGGAGGCGCUCCGGAAGGAGAACUCCCACCUGAGGAGGGAGCUGGAGGACAACUCCAACCACCUGUCCAAACUGGAGACCGAGACCACCGGCAUGAAGGAGGUGUUGAAGCAGCUGCAGAGUAAACUGGAGCAGGAGGCGGGAACGCUGGCCUCGUCCGGGAGGAGCGACGUGCUGCACCAACUCAAAGAGCUCCACAUGGACCUCACCAACUACUACGAACUCAAACACCAACCUCACAACCUGAGGCUGCUUACAGACAGCAUGGGAGGGGCGAGGCUAACAGGUGUUGGUGGAGGGGUGGAGCUAGAUGCUUGUCUGGCUUUGCCUCCUUCCUCCUGCUCCUCCUCCUCGGCGGCAGGCAGAGCAAGAAGUCCGCUGAGAGCGUCAUCACGUAUGAGCGCAGCAUCUGGUGGCGAGGCCGCCGCCGUAAUGAUACCCCAUCACUUCCUGGACGGAGCCCCACCCAAAACAGCUGUGAUUAGCGGUGCGGAUGGUCGACAGAGCGAUCAUCACCUGGAGGAGCUGUACAAGGAGAGGAACCUCCUGCUGGGGGAGAUCGACCGCGAGGAGAGGGAGCGCUGCUGGUACUUCAGCCAGCUGGAGGCGCUGUCACAGAGACUGAACCAGCUGCCUCGCAUUGACACGUUUUCUCUGCAGAUGGAUCUGAUUCGGCAGCAGCUGGAGUUUGAAGCCCAGCAAGUUCAGUCUGUGAUGGAGGAACGCUUCGGCACCAGCGAUGAGGUGGUUCAGAGGACACAGAUCCGUGUUGCUCGUCUGGAGCAGCUGGAGAAGGAGCUGCAGGAGGCCCGAGGGAGUCAGGAGAGCCAGCUACAGCUAUCUGGAGCAGAGAAGCCCCCUGCUGGAGAGCCGGAGAACAACACGUCGUCAGCUGCUGCAGCAGGAACGGACGCUCCUGCAGACGGAGGCAGCAAGGUGGAGAUGGUGUUCUGGCUGCUCUCCAUGCUCGCUAACAGAGAUAAGGAGGAGAUGUCUCGGACGCUGCUGGCUCUGUCCAGCUCUCAGGACAGCUGCAUCGCCAUGAGAAAGUCCGGCUGCGUCCCCCUGCUGGUCCAGAUCCUGCACGAGGCCCCGGUUGGCGGCGCCCCCGGGGAGACGGGCGGUACGACGACAGGCUGCAGCCGAGAUGCCAAAUCCAGAGCCAGCGCCGCCCUCCACAACAUCAUCUACUCCCAGCAGGACGAGGGCCAGGCCCGCCGGGAGAUGAGGGUGCUGCACAUGCUGGAGCAGAUCCGGACCUACUGUGACAGCGGCUGGGACUGGAUCGAGAGCCACGCAGGGACACCUUCACCCGGAGGAACCAAAACCACCGACAUCCCUGAGCCAGUUGACCCUCAGAUCUGUCAGGCCAUGUGCGCCAUCAUGAAGCUUUCCUUCGAAGAGGAGUACCGACGCGCCAUGAAUGAAUUAGGUGGUCUGCAGGUGGUGGCGGAUCUGAUCCACCUGGACCAGGACAUGUACGGCAUGCAGAACGACCCCAUCAACAUGGCGCUGCGCCGCUACGCAGGGAUGGCAGUGACUAACCUCACCUUCGGAGACGUCGUCAACAAGGUGAACAGAGACGCACGACGCUAUGAACAGUCAGACGUGGAUCAGGGACAGCAGGGCUCUGAUACAAAGGUGUAUCACUACCUGUAGCCCCGCCCACAGGAG